GCCUCUGAUUGGGAACAUCAUUCAGCCAAAAUUCGAACGGUCUACAAAAAGCCUCGCUCCCACUCUCAGUAGCGUCCCAGCAUCGCAUUCGUCUCGACCACCAUCUUGUCCUCUUCUGGCACAUCGUUCGUCAACGUCUCUUCCCAACCCUUCAUCACAUUGGCUCGUCAACUGUCGAGCUAGCACAGCUCUCACAACUGGCAUAUAAUGUCAGCCAAUAUGAUGCAUUCGUAUUCGGCAGGGAACCCGCCUGCACUUCACAUCCCAGCGAGAAACACCAUUUCGCCUCCCAAGGGAACACCCACAACAGGAACGCCAACUAACGGCGUGAGAAAACACUCACCAGAUACAGAGAUGAUUCCUGGACAAAAACCCUCGAAGCGGUCUCGUCGUGCCAUCAACUGUGCUCCUUGCCGUGCAAGCAAGCUCAAAUGUGAUCGGGCACGCCCAUGCUCAGGGUGUGUCUUGAGGGGUACCACCAACCAAUGUUAUACCACGGAGGACGGAGAAAGUCGCCCGGAAGAUUAUCGCAAUGAUCCCCACAAUGGUAUUGCACAGAUCCGUCAGGGUCUUGCCGUCAUCGAAGCCUACUUUAACCGCCACGGAUCAUUGCCUCCCUCAAGCGCUCCUCAUAUUAACGGUCACCGCGGAGAUUCCCCACCUAGAACUUUCGGUAUCAAACGUGACAGCGAUGGCGAAGCUGUUUCCGUCACAUUGAACGGCGCUUCGAACGUCCCAGGCGCUAAUGCCGAGCUCAUGCCCGAUCUUGAUAAAGGUGGGUUAUACACCGGACCUACGAGUGCCAGUGCUCUUUUCCACUUUCGUAAUGCGCAUAAGAGAGACUUGGAACACGAUGUGCCCAUCGAAGAGCAAGGAGCAGCAUGUACUCUCGAUCCCAUGUCAAACCUGGAUUUACUUUCAGCACUGCCCGAUGUGAACAUCGCAGAUCGACUGAUCAACUAUUUCUUCGAAAAUUGCACUUGGGUGCAUGUGUACAUCCAUCCCAACUCUUUCUUACCGAACUGGGAGCGCUUCAAAUCAUCCACAUGCACCGACCAUGUUCUGCUUGCGACGAUCUUUAUUGUUCUAGCGCUUGCCGUUCUCUACACUUCACCAACCGACCCAGUUCUAGCUCAGCUGGGGCCGCAGCAGACUGCUAGUCAGAUCGCCAGCAACUACUACAACAGCUCUUGCAACGCACUGAACCGCCAUCGUCAAGGAAGCGAGAACAGUCCCAGUCUAGAGCUUAUUGAAUAUAUGCUCCUUCGGACGCAGUACCUUGUCAUCUGCAAGGACGAUUGCGAGGAUGUAUGGCACAUUCGCGGUGAAGUGCUGUCAUACGCCACUGCUCUCGGUUUACAUCGUGACCCUGGCCGAUGGCGUCUCAACGCGGAAACUGUGGAGCGCAGGAGAUGGGCCUGGUGGAAUGUGCUCGCUUUGGGGCGAUGGCAAGCAUUCCUUGUCGGGCGACCCGUGGCGAUCGCGAACCACCACUUUGACACGCUGCUGCCUGAUGGAACCGACGCAUUCGACUCCCCUCCCAACAAUACUGGUCCCUACGCAACCCACUGUCAAUUCUUCCGCUUAUGCGCCAUACUCGGGGACAUUCUGGACAGCGCUCUGAGUGUGAAGAAGGUUCCGUAUGAAAAGAUUAUGCAACAUGACCACGCGCUUCAAAAUUGGGCAGAAGGGCUGCCGGCCGGCUGCCGAACAGAUCCCUUGCCUCUCGGUUCACUCCUUGUCAGCAAUCGAAUUCAGGAUCGGCGAUUGGCCAUCCAGGCCCUUCACCUAAAUUCGGCCAUGUACCAUAUUCGGUUCACCCUCCACCGUCCGUUUACGAUCCCGGUUUCAAGCGCUCGAGGUGCUUUGCCCCCUAUGACGCCACAGGCUCUGGAGUCAUACAAACUCGCCGUCAGAGCGGCGGACAUGCUUAUCAACUACGUCUGCACCACUUUGGAGCGGUGUGAACAGGAGAGCCAGGUGCACGUCGGUGUGCCUUCACCUCUGACUGUGCCUGGGCAUGUCGGAUGGGGGCCCUACCAUAUCUUCCAUGCCGCCAUUUACUACUCGUUCCAGCUCAUUUGGCAAGCCUCGGGACCUUAUUCUGAGGAACAUGAACGAGAUGCCAAGAUGUUCCGUGACGAUAUUCGCCGAGCGAUUGUGACCCUCGAGCACCUGCAGGCACAAGGCGUCCGCAUUGCGCAGAAAGCGCUCAACAUUCUCAGAGCGCUUGCUCCUUUGUACGAAGAAGUCUGCGUCGAUCACUUCGAGGGAGAAUGCGAGAUGAAGAUGAGCGCCCAACUGGAGUUCGUCCGCCGUUUAGCAUUCCCAUGGCAACACGCAGCAAAUUCGUUAUCCCCAACGCUUGUGUCUGUACCGCCCAUGGGACAGGGUCAUCCGAAUGGAUCCCCAACAACAGUAACCACAGGCGCUGCUGCUCCGCAUGGGAGCAGUCCCGGCACAGUGUAUACGCCCAACGGUAUUGACGGCGCUUAUGCCGCGGCCGCGGGUCUGAUGGGCCCUGCACAGGGCGGACCGCCCAUGGCAUACAAUAUGCAGGGAGAUGAAGGAGUAUGGAGUACAAGUCUUGCACUUGACUCUGACCAGUGGAACAGAUUCCUUGAGAGGGUUCCCAACGGUAAUCAGAUUAACGGCGCCGUUCCUCAGCCGAGUAUGAAUGCGCCAGGGAUCAAUGGCGUGAUGGCAUGAUAAAAAAAUCAAAAACAAUUCCACGAGUAUCUGGACCUGUCUCUCACAUUGCGCGUUAUUGUAGUUUUGUUCUUGAUCUGUUGGUCUGGUAUUCACGGCUCACUCUGUUUUCUUCUGAUGUAACAGUAGGAUAUGUAUUAGACGGAAGCGCAAUGUACCCGUCAAACUUGAUUACAAUAUGUAUCAUCAUUUCC